UGCAUUUCUCACCGGCAGUGUCAAGAUGGUGGCAAUCAGAAUGCAGUUUACACUUUAUUUGGUGUUGCUUUUAAAUGUUUACAACAGCUUUGUGUCUGCGCUGUAUUUUCAUAUCGGCGAGACUGAAAAGAAAUGCUUCAUUGAAGAAAUACCGGACGAAACAAUGAUAAUAGGAAACUACCGAACCCAGCUGUAUGACAAGCAGAAAGAAGAGUAUUUGCCUGCGACUCAGGGACUUGGGAUGUUUGUGGAAGUGAAGGAUCCCGACGAGAAGGUGAUCCUGUCCCGUCAGUAUGGAUCAGAAGGCAGGUUUACCUUCACCUCCCACACACCUGGAGAGCAUCAGAUCUGCUUGCACUCAAAUUCCUCAAAAUUUGCUCUGUUUGCUGGUGGAAUGCUUCGUGUGCACUUGGAUAUCCAAGUUGGUGAGCAUGCAAACAACUAUGCAGAAAUUGCAGCCAAAGACAAGCUCACAGAGUUGCAGCUACGUGUGCGACAGCUAAUGGAGCAGGUGGAUCAGGUCCAGAAAGAGCAGAACUAUCAGAGGUAUCGUGAGGAGCGCUUCAGACAGACCAGUGAGAGCACCAAUCAGAGGGUUCUGUGGUGGUCCAUUGUCCAGACACUCAUCCUGGUGGCUAUCGGAUUUUGGCAAAUGAGACAUCUCAAGAGCUUCUUUGAGGCCAAGAAAUUAGUAUAGAACUGUGUUUUGGCUUUUGUUUUAAUUGAUACAGUACAAACUACAUUUUGUGUGAGGUCAAGACUGCUGAAAACCCAACAUUCUCUCAGUCCAGGACUCGCCCUAAAUUCUUCUGUUAAAUCCUGCAUUGAGAGUUUUUUCACAUUGUUUGCUUCAGUGCCACACCCCACUGUAAUGUGAAUCUAGUUUGUGUUCAGAUAUACAUUACAGUUUGUUCUAGCCUGUGAAAACCACUGAAAAUUUCAAGUUAUUAACAGUAGGUAAAACACCUUGUAUUAUAGUGGUUCCUCUUUAUUGUCUGGCCCCUUAAUUUGUUACAAUAAUAUUUAACAUUUAAAUAAGAAAUUGGAAAUACCUAUCAACUGUAUCAAGGACUGCGAGUAUAAAGAUUUUCUACAUGACCUUGGAUUAUUCACCUAAACAUUUACAAUACAAAGAAAAAAUCAAAACGAGUUUAUUCUGGUGGAAGGUGUAAAUGUCUUAUGUUGUGUUAUGCAGUAAUUAGUAUGGUAUUUAAAGUAUGUUUUUUUUCUGAGUGAAUGUUUCUUUUUUCUUUGUUUGUUUUCUUUUACAUUCUGGAUGUAGUUUUCUCCCUAUCUUUUUAAGCUUUUUUUGAUCAAGGACACCUAGAUCAUAUUGGUAUUUUGCCUUGUUGCAUAUUGAUAGCUACGGUCUUAUUUACUUUGAGCAACUGGUUUUAAAUACAUGUACAUUUGUGUCAAAUGCAUAAUACAUCUAAAUAAACAGCAAAUUGUGGCUAUUCAAAUGUAAAAGGUUGAAAUAUGCAUAAAAAAUUGAGUUUUGUGCUUUUUCAAAAGUAAUACUAAUUCCCUGUUUCCCGUUUUGGGAAAAAUUUAUUUGCCAUAUUGCACAUGUCCUCUAAAUUUCUCGGUUUCAUCUUUUCCUGUAUUAAAAUUCUCAGAUAAAUGUA